AUGAUACAGCGUGAAGGCAGUAUGGAAGCUGAAUUAAGUGAAAGAAUUAAUAAAGCUGUAAAGACAUAUCAUACAAUGAGCAAAGUCUUCCUUAGAAACAAGAAAAUUAGUAGGAAAUCAAAGAUGAUGGUUUACAAGACCAUAUUUAUACCAACAUUAAUUUAUGGUAGCGAAGGUUGGGUGCUAACAAACAGAUUAAAGAGCAAGAUUCAGGCAGUAGAUAUGAAAUUUUUUAGGAAAGUCACAAGAAUAACUAGAAGAGACAAAAUCAGAAAUGAUAUAGUAAGGGCAGAACUGGGAGUAGAAUCAAUCUCGCAUAGAGUUGAAGUACAACAAUUAAGAUGGUUUGGACACCUGAACCGCAUGAAGGAAAGUAGACCAGCUAAACGGGUGUGGGAAGCAAGAGUUCAAAGAAAAGGAAUACGAGAAAGAAAUGGAACGAUGAGGUGGUAG